AUGAGUCUGUUUGACGUUUUUGCUGCCGACGGCGAACUUCUGAACGAAAACCACGCUGACCCGAACGCUGCGUCCGCGCAACAACAGCCGUUAAACGUUCCCGGUCCGAUACCGGCUCCGCAAAAUAUUUCCGCGAUCGAACACGUUCGUCUUCCCGGAUUUUGGCGUCACUCACCACAGCAAUGGUUCACACAUGCCGAAGCUGUCUUCCAUAGCAACCGGAUUAGAGCAGAUCUGACCAAGCUGAACCACGUGCUCACGGCAUUAGACGAGGACGGAAUCCGAACGGUGUCGGACCUGCUAGGCCCGAACGCGCAGUAUUCGGCAGUACGGGAUCGUCUCAUUUCGGCCUACGCCGUUCCACAAGCGACUCGCUUCCGCACCAUCGUUCAACACGGGGGCAUGGGCGACCGCCGCCCGUCGCAAAUGCUCCGAGACAUGCGAUGUGUCCUUCCCGAAGGCGUCGGCGACGCCGCGCUUAAAGAGUUCUGGUUGCAAAAACUACCUCCCACCAUUCUCACAGUCAUAUCCGGACUCGACGGACCUUUGGAUACCUUAGCCGAGCGCGCCGAUCGCGUGAUGGACGCGAGCGCCGGACGCGAAAUCUGUGCCGUUUCCCCGUCCAAUACACUCGAACAUCGAUUUCAAACGAUGGAAAGUGCAAUUACCGCGUUAACCACACAAAUAGCCGCCCUCGUCACGUCACAGUCAAAGCAAGAUCAGCAGUCACGGCAAAGGAGUUCUACGCGGUCACGGUCCCGCAACCGCUCACAAUCGCGCCAGCGUAACAAGGAGUUUUGUUACUACCACAACCGUUUCGGGAAAGAGGCAAAAAAUUGCCACCACCCGUGUAGCUUCCGCUCGGAAAACUAG